CCCUCUUUUAUUAUCUUCCGGCUACCACAAAAUGAGCUGACAUAUUAUGAAAUGGGGAUAAGAUAGGUCAUUGACAUAGCUUGCUAAGAAGCCUGUGAACUUUUAAUUUACAAUAGUGUUACGUUUUGGAUGGCAUAGUUUAAGUAUGCACUCUCAGAUAUUAUGUAGCGGCACAGCAGCAGCUGUCGCUGCGAGAAGGGUGCGGAAUAUUCUGGGUGCUGUUCUGGGAAGAGACGGCUGGAUGUGGAGAACACAUGAGGUCAAACUUCUCAACACGUCCUCAGGUGACACAGUGAAGAUUGGAGAUAUCUCAUACAAACUCAAAACACCUCGGAAUCCAGAACUUGUUCCUGUCAAACACAUUUCAGACUCCCUACCCCAGACUGUGGCCCAGCAUCUACGAUGGAUUAUGCAGAAAGACCUUUUGGGUCAGGAUGUGUUUCUCAUUGGUCCACCGGGACCCCUGAGACGAUCCAUAGCUAUGCAGUACCUUGAGUUGACCAAACGGGAAGUUGAGUAUGUAGCUCUGUCCAGGGACACCACAGAGACUGACCUGAAACAGAGGAGAGAGAUCCGCUCAGGGACGGCCUUCUACAUAGACCAGUGUGCUGUAAGGGCGGCAACAGAAGGUCGAGUCCUGGUCCUGGAGGGUCUGGAGAAGGCGGAAAGAAAUGUUCUACCUGUCCUUAACAACCUGCUGGAGAACAGAGAGAUGCAACUGGAGGACGGACGCUUCCUGAUGUCAGCCGAGCGUUACGACAAGCUGCUGCAGGAGCACACCAAAGAGGAGCUCGACAGCUGGAAGAUUAUCCGUGUAAGUGAGGACUUUCGGGUCAUCGCUCUUGGUCUUCCUGUUCCCAAGUACAAAGGCAACCCAUUGGAUCCCCCUCUCCGCUCUCGCUUCCAGGCCAGAGACAUCUAUUACCUACCAUUCAAGGACCAGUUGGAGCUGUUGUACACAGCAGGACCAAAUGUAGCUGCAGAAAGGGUGUCCCAGCUGCUGUCGCUCGCCACUACGCUGUGCUCCCAGGAAUCAUCCAACCUCGGCCUUCCUGACUUCCCUGUGGACAACCUGCUUCCUGCCCUCUAUGUGCUGAAUGUUUUCCCCAUGCUGUCCUCCCAGCAGCUAGUCCAGAGACUUUACCCCUACAACAAUAUCUUAGGCAAAGACGGGCGCAAUGCUGUGGAGGGUGUACUCAGUAGAUUUGAGCUUCUGGAUGGUCGUCGUGAGUCAACUCCCAGCGCCGUCCUGGGUGUGUCUAAGACAAAGGAUGUUGAGGGCCAUGCAGAUGUCACAUUACGUAUUGCGGACAAGGACAUCACCUUUCAGGUCCCAGCGGGCACCAAGGAGCCACGACCACCCAACAGUAGCCCCAACUUCAUCAGUACCCCGAGCCACUCUAAGCUGAUGGCUGAAAUGAUGCAGUCACACAUGGUCAAGGACAUAUGUCUGAUAGGAGCCAAGGGUUGUGGAAAGUCAGUGAUUGCCAGAGAGUUUGCUGAGAUGCUGGGUUACAGCACAGAGCCAGUCAUGCUCUACCAGGACAUGACAGCCAGGGACCUUCUCCAGCAGAGGUACACUCUCCCUAACGGAGACACAGCAUGGCGGCCGUCUCCACUGGUAACCGCUGCCAUCGAGGGCAAGCUGCUGCUGCUGGACGGCAUACACAGGGUCAACCUGGGAACCUUGGCUGUGCUCUCCAGGUUACUUCAUGACAGGGAGCUGGAUCUGUACGAUGGCACCAGGUUGCUGAGGUGGGACAGAUACCAGACACUGAAGGAACAGCUGCAGUUCAGUGAUGAGCAACUGCAAGAGAGGUCAAUCUUCCCCGUUCACCCAUCUUUCAGAGUGCUGGCCCUUGCAGAGCCUCCCGUUGUAGGUGCCAACACAAGCAGCAGCAAUAGCAGAGGUCAGCAGUGGUUGGGCCCAGAGUUGCUCACUAUGUUCCUCUACCACUCUGUAACUCCGCUGGCUAAAGCAGAGGAGAUCGGCCUCAUACAGGGACUGACUCCUAAUGUGCCAAAGGAAGCAGCAGAGCAGCUAUUGCACCUCACACACAGUCUCCGCAAGACAAACGACCCCACAGCACAGUCUCUGGCCUCUUCUCUCUCUACCAGACAGCUGUUGAGGAUCUGUCGCCGUCUCUCUCAGUACCCCGAGGAGAGCAUCGCUCACGCUGUCAAUAAGGCUUGUCUCUCAAGGUUCCUUCCCAGCCUGGCCCGCGCCUCUCUCCAGAAAAGCCUCGCCAACUGCUCCAUACAAGACGCACCAGAUCCUGCUGAACACACUAAUGACUACAGCUGUAUGGUAAAGGACGGUAUAUUGACUAUUGGCAAUGUGUCAGCUCCCAUCUACAACCCCAACGAGAAAAUGAAGGUUCCAGAUGUGCUCUUCUAUGAUAAUCCCCAGCAUAUGAUGGUGAUGGAGGACAUGUUGAAAGACUUUCUAUUAGGAGAGCACCUCCUCUUGGUGGGCAACCAGGGUGUGGGUAAGAAUAAAAUAGUGGACCGGUUCCUGCACCUUCUGAACCGGCCCAGAGAAUACCUGCAACUCCACAGGGAUACAACAGUCCAGACUCUGACCUUGCAGCCCUCAGUCCGAGAUGGCAUCAUCAUGUACGAGGACUCACCUCUGGUGAAGGCAGUGAAGAUGGGACACAUAUUAGUGAUCGACGAGGCCGACAAAGCUCCCACUAACGUCACCUGCAUCCUCAAAACCCUCGUGGAGAGCGGAGAGAUGAUUCUGGCGGACGGACGCCGAAUCAUCUCAGAUCCACUUGAAGCCGAGGGGAGGACGAACACCAUUGUCAUGCACCCAGACUUCAGAAUGCUUGUUUUAGCUAACCGACCCGGCUUUCCCUUCCUCGGCAACGACUUUUUCGGAGCUCUAGGUGACAUCUUCAGCUGCCAUGCGGUGGACAAUCCAAAACCCCAGGCAGAGCUGGCUAUGCUAAAGCAGUACGGCCCCGACGUCCCUGAUGCUACUCUGCAGAAGCUCGUGGCCGCCUUCGGAGAGCUGAGAUCCAUGGCCGACCAGGGCACCAUCACUUACCCCUAUUCCACCCGAGAGGUGGUCAACAUAGUCAAACACCUCCAAAAAUUCCCUGACGAGGGUUUGGCCAACGUGGUGCGAAAUGUCUUCGACUUCGACUCUUACAACAAAGACAUGCGAGAGGUUCUGAUCGAAGCGCUGCACAAGCACGGGAUUCCCAUUGGAGCCAAGCCCAGCUCUGUCACACUGGCUAAGGAGUUGCCCCUGCCAGAAGUCAAGAUGACAGGGCACUGGACAAUAAACCAAGGUGGGAACGCUCGCCGCAAACUGCUCUGUCCCACUGAGACUCACCCCAUAGAUAUCAAGGGCCCUGUGUUUCUGCGUGUUCAGAGUUACCCUUGCAAUAGACAGGAAAGCAGGGCUUUGAGUUUCAGCGAAGAGAAAGCCCACUGGCAGAUUCCCAUGAAUGAAGUCAACAUCAUCUGCGAUGUCAUCACCAGAGACGAUGUGUUAUACGUGGCCACGUGCAACCCAGUGUCCCUGUACUCUAUGAAGGAGCGCGGGGAGACAAUCCAGUGCAUGGAGCUUUACGACGUCUUCCCCAGGACCAUCAGUGGCGUCUGGCAGCCCUUUGUCACCAUUGCUCCCCUUGGAAGUCCCCUGGAUGGACAAGUGGUGCUACAUGAGGAGCAGAGUAACACGGUGCUCCAUUUGGACAUGGUCACAGGCGCUGUGCGGAGGCUCAUGUUGUCUCAGGACAGCGAUCAGCCUUCCACCAGGGCCUCGAACUGGUGGGGCAGUAAGGAACAACAGGGAGGGUAUAAAAUGUGCCGUGACUUCUCCCACAAAAACUGGCUCCUCUUCUAUAAGGAGGAUGGCAACCAGCUGGAGGUGCUGGAUGUACUCGAGGGCCGCGUUCACUCCAUCUCCCUCCCCAUCAACCUGAAAUCUGUCUUCCUUGUAGCGGAGGAUCGUUGGCUCCUGCUGGAGAGCAACACCAACAAGAAGUUCCUGCUGACCAAACCCAUGCACAUGGCAGCUGAAGACUCUGGAGUGUGUCAGCUCCACAGCAUCAGUGAGGACUCCGUCAGCUCAGGGCAUGGAGUCAGCUCAGCCGAACUGUCCAUCCCCCAGAUGCUGUCAUGUGACCAGCUUCCCAAUGAGAACCUGAGUGCCGCUCUUGACCAGAAGAUCGUUUCCCCUAAUCGUAUAAUGGCAGAUCCCAGCUGCUUCGCACAAGUCAUUGUAGGAUUCCCAGACCUCAUGUCUCCUAAUGAGGUGUACAGCUUUAAAAGGCCUGUUGACUUAUCAGUGAUGAAGAGUGGUGAGAGUGGGGCUCAGACAUUCUUCAGAAGUGGGCUUCGGUCCACCACGCCCAAACGAGAUAAUUGUGUCAGUCUGCUCUCAGCCAAUCAGGUGGUCCGGGCCCUUCCACCCAACAAGGUGCCCCUGAAGGAGGUCUAUCCCAAAGAUGUCACACCUCCAAUGACAGCAGCUUACCUGGAAGUGACUGAUCUGAACUCUAAAAAAGUCAAAUAUGUUCCUGUUCCAAGGUCAAUGACUGUGUCGCCUUACACCAACUGGUUAUCUAAGGUGUCAGAGUCUGACGUGCUAAUGGCUCCUCUCGGGUCUGGAGGUGUGGUCACGGUGGAUAUGGGUGGGUACGUCCGGCUCUGGGAGACAGGAUUGGACGCUCUGCAGCGAUCGCUGAUGGAAUGGAGGAAUAUGAUUGGGUCGGAAGAUGGCAGACCCUUACAGAUUACCAUCCAGAGGGAAAGUGGCUUGGAUGUCACAGCCCCAAAACACGGCAAGAUCGACCCCAACAAUGAUCCUCAUGUUGGGGGAAACCAGUGGGCAGGAGGCACAGGCGGCAGAGACACAGCAGGGCUGGGUGGUAAAGGGGGUCCCUAUCGCCUGGAUGCAGGACACAAGGUCUACCAGGUUUCCCAGGCCGAGAAGGAUGCAGUUCCAGAAGAGAUCCGCAAAGCAGCCCGCGAAAUGGGUGAAAAAGCCUUCAAAGAAAGGUUGAAGGAGAUUGAUAUGAGCGAGUAUGAUGCUGCCACCUACGAGCGUUUCUCCAACGCUGUCAGGAGACAAGUUCAGUCUCUACGCAUCAUCCUGGACAGUUUACAGGCCAAAGGGAAGGAGCGACAGUGGCUGAAGAACCAGGCUCUGGGAGAACUGGAUGAUGCUAAAAUCAUUGAUGGACUAACUGGAGAGAAGGCUAUAUAUAAACGCAGGGGAGAACUGGAUCCAGAGCUGGGCAGUCCUCAGCAGAAGCCCAAACGUUUACGUGUGCUAGCGGACGUGUCAGGCAGCAUGUACCGCUUCAACGGCGUGGACGGCAGGCUGGAGCGCUCCAUGGAGGCCGUGUGUAUGGUCAUGGAGGCUCUGGAGAACUACGAGCACAAGUUCAAGUACGAUAUCGUGGGUCACUCGGGAGACGGCUACGACAUCGAGCUGGUCAGAGCGGACAAAGUCCCCAAGAAUAACAAACAGAGACUCAAAGUUCUUAAGAACAUGCACGCCCACGCUCAGUUCUGCAUGAGUGGCGACUUCACCCUGGAGGGCACAGAGGCCAGUAUCAAGGAGCUGGCGCGAGAGGAGGCCGACGAGCUUUUUGUGGUGGUGCUGAGCGACGCCAACCUGGAACGCUAUGGCAUCCGGCCUGAGCGCUUCGCCAACGUCCUGACGUCUGACCCUCAGGUCAACGCCUUCGCCAUCUUCAUCGGCUCCCUUGGCGAUCAGGCUGAAAGACUCCAAAAGACUCUUCCAGCUGGCAGAUCCUUUGUUGCCAUGGACACCAAGCAGAUCCCCCAAAUACUGCAGCAGAUCUUCACAUCCACGAUGCUGUCCAGUGCCUGAGACUGACACACACACAAGCACACAAAAACACACACACUCGCUUCUUAUCUGACACACACAAAACUUCCUCGUCCUGACUUGUCAGACGGUGGAUCAGUGACCUAUCACAAUGUGUCCUUAACCUAUUUUCGGUAUCAGAUGAUAUAACUUUAUCUGAGCUGUAUCAGGUCUGGAUGCUCGUCUUUGUACAGGCCUAAAGGGAAAAGACAGUUAUAUUAAUUAUUUUACAGAAGCCUGCAGCCUGUGACGUGAUGUGAGUUAGCGUGACAGAGUUAAAUAAUGUUUAGCUGAUUUUUAGGAUCCCUCGAGGAAGAGGUACUGUACAAUGUGGUCUGCAAAAAGCAUGUGAUCCUGUGCAGUAUGACUGCGCUCUACUGUGAAAUGGUGCCCACUGCGGUGGUAACUACAGUGAUAUUAUGACUGCUUGGAGCCUGCCUCAGGCCCCAUGUGGGGAUCAAACACACAGCCUAACCUGUUGUUGUUUUUAAUCAUGUUUGUAGCCGACAGCGCCCUGACGCACACACACCCUCGUGUUUGUCCUGUUUUUGGGGCUGGAGCAGCUUUACUCGGAAAGGUCGUGAACUUGAAACAGCCGCACUUAUUUAGAUUUCCUCCUCAUUUAUCGUCUGUCAGAGACAGAGACACAGACACACGCAGGAAAGGCGAAGCUAACGCGCCACCUGACUGACAGUUGGAUGUGAUGAGCGGCAAUAACCUGGCUCCUUUGGAAUGCCGGGACUGUGACCAGGGAAUUUCCCACCUGACUGCACACGCUCUUGAAAGGCAGCCGCUGUUGCACAACCCCCUGCCGUGUGUGUGUUCUCCUACAGCAUCUAUGUCAACAUGCACAGCCCUUUCCUUCCUGGCUUGUGGACCUUGUGACGCCCCGAGUCCGUCUCAGUCGUGCAAGGAAUCUGAGAUCGCCUUUCAUUGCCAGACCUCCCACCCCUCUCUCCUUCGCAAACACACACACACACAAACACCUCUGCCAUUGUGGUAGAAAAACUCCAUGACUUAUCGUGUCAGCGUGUGCUCUGUUGUGCCGGCUAAAAGAUCACACAUCAUCAUCUUUAUUGUAUGUACUCCUGCUCUAAUUAAAUCCUCUUGUCUGUGCCAACUUGCAGCCAAGUGCAUCCAAUACUUACCAGUCUCCCCCUUGGUUGUCAUACUUAGUGCUCAUGCCUCACUAUGUUGGACUGAUUGGAUCAAUAGAACAGCCUGUCUAAUCAGUCUCGAUUGAUCCCUCUCUGAUGGAGGGUGUCCCUGUUUGUAUUCACCUACUUUAAUCUCCCUCUGAGCAUCUCUCUUGCUCUCUCUCUCUGUUUCUCACUCUGCUGAUGGGGUGGAAGGAGAUUUCAGUGUUGAUUUCUAACAGAAGUGACUUCAUAGGGAAAACAGGACUAGUUUCUGUGUGGGUUUUCUGCCUAGAAACUUCAUGUUUGUGUGGAGGCAUACAAAGAUGAUCAUAGUAACAUUAAAAUCAUGUAUCUCUAGGAUGUCUUUAGUCAUAUUUAAUUGUACAUAUUAACUUAUGUAAGUAUAAAUUGUAAAAGUAAUGUACUGAAUUUUAAUAAAUCUGUUGAU